AUGUCGAGAAAUAACGAGCACUCGAAUGGCUUUGAGCUUGCGGAAGCACCGCAACGAGUUCGAGGCGCAUUCGAGCGCCUACACGAUGCAGAGCGCAACUCUUCGCAACUCCGCAACUUGACCACCAAUGCGCUUUCCCCUCCAACAAUGCAGCAGACGGCACGAGAAGAUCGAGAUGCCGUAGAAUCCAUCAUCGAAGCCACGCUCCAAGCCAAGGAGAAGGAGCUAGCCGCAGCCGAAGACAUUGUCGCAAUUCUCAACGAGGAACGGCACGUCGGAAGCCUCAACGUCACGCAGAACGGGUUACAGUCUGAGGUUGACCGGUUGGAACGCCUAAUCACAGCCCUGAAAGGAGAUUCUCUCGUUAUCCGGACCUCUCGCCACGAACUCAGCGGCAAGAUGCUGGAUAAUAUGAUGUGGCCGCAAGACGGGGCUAGACUUGCUCUGUUUAGUCCAAGAGAUCCAAGCGCCCAUGAAAGGUUUCGAAACAAGGUUCUGAAGGCAUAUGAUGCAGUCGAUGAGGAUAUGCAGUGGUGUGUAAUCUCUGGCAAAUACUUACCGGCGUCCACUGUGAGGGCAGCCCACAUCGUUGGUUACAAUGUGGGCGAACCUUCUGCGCGGCACCUGUUUGGGCCACCUGGUAACAAGAAUGGCCACCUCAUGUCAGAUCAUAAUGGCAUACCGAUGUAUGAAAUGUACGAAAAGGCGUUUAACGACGCACGCUUAGUCAUUCUACCUGAUAGUGACCCAAAGAAAGGCUGUUGGAAAGUUUAUUGCCUCGACGACCCCGAUACCCAUAAACCGUCGAAAGCGGUUCCAUUCGGUCGUGAACUCCAUGGGCGCUCGUUGCAGUUCAGGAACAACUUUCGCCCCUCUUCCCGAUACUUGUACUUUGCGUUUUGUAUGAGUAUAUUACGGAGACAACGUCACGAGGUCCCCGGUUGGUGGCGGGAUCGCCUCGUCGAUGGCCUGGGAAAGGUUUGGGCAACACCGGGCACUUACUUGCGCACUUUGACUCUUCGCAGCAUUGCCCAUCAAGUCGGCCAUCUCACCAAAGAGGAAGCGGCCGUAUUUACAGCCGACGCUGCUGAAGACGAAGGCGAGGAUGAUUGUCUGCAUUCAAAGUUGAUAGGGUGCGCUUAUGCCUUGCAGAACUCGACAAUGUCUUGGAACGGUACACUGGCUCAGACCGACGGAACCGAGAGCAGUGAGGAAGAAGAUGAUGAGGAUAAUGAAGAAUCAUGGAUUGAGGAAGAAUAG